AUGCUGUCAGCGUCGACGCCAGCCGCGCUGCCCAGGAGCGCGUCUCCGCCGAAACGCUCAGCACCACACGACGACCAGCGCCCCAGGCCGAAACCCCGCGUCAAUGGGGGCUUCUUGAUUGAGGAUGACGAUUCGGAGGACGAGGAUGGCUCCCAGGACCAUGCGCAUGCAGCAAAGAAGCGCAUGCUGCAUCAUCCCGGCGCAGUGGACUUGCCAGUGGACAGCGCCGAGGCAACACCUCCAGACAUCGAUGGGGAUGCCAGCGCAAACGAUGUCGACACGAAUAGCGGCGCCAAUGUCCCGCUGCCGCCUUCUCAAUUCUUCUUCUCCCUCUUGUCAAAUGGACAAGCACUGUUGCCCUCGUCGGUCCUGAACAGCAUCAACCCAACCGCAUACAGUGCCAGGUCUCACGACGGGAAGACGGCAACAGUCAAACAGAGAAAGGCGACUGCGUCAAUAUCCUACGAGUCAAUUGUUGCCGCACGGUCGAGGACGAAGGAGGGAAGGGCAAAGCGCAGCUACUAUGGUAUCGAUAUCCACGAACUCAUCGACUCUGCUUCCAAGGAGUUGUCCAGCAAGCAACAACCCAAGCCAGCAGAACCGAACGUGCCCGUCAGAUCUGUGGAACAGCCUUCUGUCCAAGGAAAGAAAUCGAAGAAGUCGUUACUAUGGACAGAAAAGUACCGAGCUCGGAACUUCAUGGAUCUUUGCGGCGACGACGGGACGAACCGCAUGGUCCUGCGAUGGCUGAAGCGGUGGGACCCCGUCGUGUUUCCGGGCGCAGCGAAACCCAAGGCCGUCAUAGCGAGGCGUCCCGGCAUGAAUAACCAAGCAGAAGAAGAAAAGCCACACCGCAAGAUACUGAUGCUCACGGGUCCACCUGGGCUGGGUAAAACGACACUGGCCCACGUCUGUGCGAAGCAGGCUGGUUACGAGGUGCUGGAGGUCAACGCCAGUGAUGAUCGCAGCCGAGACGUCGUCAAGAACCGUAUUCGAACGAGCUUGGGGACCGAGAACGUAAAAACGGUCACCAACACCAAGAACGACAAGGGCUCACAAAAAGUCGCCAAGCCGGUCUGUGUCGUUGUGGAUGAAGUUGACGGGGCUACAACCGGAUCUGGCGCGUCCGGAGAAGGCGGCUUUGUCAAGGCACUCAUCGACCUCGUUCUCAUCGAUCAGAAAAACGCAUCGAUAGUCAAGGAUUCGGCGGCAAAUCUGCACGGGAAGAAAAAGAAAGGCGACGACUUCCGGCUGUUGCGGCCGUUGAUUCUCAUCUGUAACGACGUCUACCACCCAUCCCUGCGACCCCUGCGGCAGUCCAACCUGGCUGAGAUCAUCCACGUCGGACGACCUUCGAUUGAAGCUGUCGUCGGCAGGCUGAAGUCCGUGUUCGAAAAGGAGGGCAUACCCUGCGAGAAGGACGCCGCGAGAAAGCUGUGCGAGGCGGCAUGGGGUAUGACGACGGGCAUAGACGCCAAGCGCGGCGCGGAGAGCACCGUCGAGGGCGACCUCCGCGGGGUCAUGGUCGUGGGUGAAUGGGUUGCCGGACGCUUCAGGUCAUCGGCCUUGGCGAAUGAACGGCUGCUGUCGAGGCAGUGGAUUGAGCGCAACAUCCUGCACGACUUGGCCAGCAGCGCGGCGGGAGCACGGGGUCUCGGCCGAGGCAGCGUCAGGGACAUCGUCAACCGCCUCUUCCAAGAAGGGGGAGGCUUCCCCAAGCAGGCCAUGGGCCUGUCCGAGUCCAAAAUCAAGCACGAGCAGCCCAAGACGGAGCUUGGCUUUGGCGAGCAGCAGAAGAAGCACUCUAUGGAGCGCCUGCGGCAGAUGGUCGAUACAAGCGGCGAGGUUGGCACCAUCAUGACGGACGUCUUCGCCGAGUACCCCAAUCGCGAGUUCAACGACGAUAUUUACCUGACCAAGCCCAACGAGGCGUACGACUGGCUUCACUUUCACGACCUGUGUCAAUCCCGCCUGUACGCCAGCCAGGAGUGGGAGCUGGCCCCGUACCUCAGCCAGCCCGUCCUCGCCUGCCACCACCUCUUCGCCUCGCCCAAGAAACACGUCGCCAUGUUUGAGAAGCGCUGGGGCGCAGACGCCGAGGAGGAUGCCGGGCCGCCAGUGCCCUUCUCGGGCCCACGUGCCGAUUACCAGGCCCGCGAGGCGGAGAAGCAGACGCGCGCUGAGCUGCAGGCGAUGCAGGCACAGCUGAGCCCGUCGCUGACGCGCUCGUUCCGCAGCGCCGAGGACAUGGCCGUCGAAUUCUUGCCCUACCUGGUGCGCAUGGUGUCUCCUGACGUCAAGCCCGUCGUCGUGGGCGGCAGCCAGGGGACUACGGCCAGCGUGCGCAAGGAGAGCGAGCGCGAGAUGGUGCGCCGCGCCGCCGAGGUGCUGGCCGACGUGGGCGUCGCGCUACUCAAGGGCAAGAUUGAGGGCGACUCCGUCACCAGCCGGGGGCCGCAGUACGUCUACCGCAUGGAUCCUGAUCUCGAGGCACUGUCUACUUUCGAGACAGGCGCGUCUCUCCUGCUGUCUUCCCAGGCGCCAACCCGUUACGCCGUCAGACAGGUCCUUGACCAAGAACUCCGGCGCACCAUUGCCCUGCGCGAGACCACCGCCCGACAGGCCCGCUUCCGCGCCGGGGGCGGCGUAGGCGGCGGCGCCUCGUCCGUGCUGCCGGUGGCCCACCCCCUCGCGGCCGCGUCCGCCCUGCGCCCGCACGACAACAAGGAGAAUCUGCGCGCUGACGGCGACGCGACAAAGAACGGGGUCAGCCAUCAACAAGCCGCCGCGGCGCUGGUCAAGCGCGACUUCUUCGGGCGCGUCGUCGAGGUGAAGCCCCUGGCGGAGCUGGACGGCAACAGCGCCGAGAGGAGGGCCAGGCGCGAGGAGCGCAAGGUGUGGGUGACGUUCCACGAGGGGCUGAACAAUGCGGUGCGCAAGCCCAUCUCGCUACAGGAAUUUAUGCGCGCGCUCUGA